AAAAAAAAUCUUCUUCUUCGUCUUCUUCUUCUUCUUCUGGUUCUUCUUCUUCUUCUUCGCAAACGUUCAAAGAUGUAACAACGUCAUCUAUGGUGCUGGAGUCCGCCUCGGCAUGUCUACAUGUGUAUCAUACUAACAGGAAAGUGGAGAAAUGGAGGGGAGCGCAGGGGUGCCUGCAGCAGUGCGCAUGCGCGGCCAUGUCAAGGAAGAAGAAUAUGGCGGCCGUUUCGAAUGACGCUGAGUAUGCUCAACGCAUUUUUGCACGCCUCCAGGCUGUUCCUUGUCCCUUGCUGGAAGGUGUGUACAUGGAGGAGUCUGACGACGUGCUGCAGCUACUCUGCACUCCAUCCCAGCUGCGCACUGACAUACUGUGCUGGAUCUGCUGCAGGAUUGACCCCCAUUUUGGCAACUUGAAAGAGAAGGCAUCAAGAAUCAGAGACCCUCAUCUAUUGGCCAACGGGAUGGCUGUACUUGGCCAGGACUUGAUGCUGUGCAAAGGUGACAGCCUGGACUUGAUCAAGGGUGAUGCAAGUUGCCACCGGCAGCUUCAGUUCCUGGAUCAACUCCUUGACGUGGUCUCGGACUGCAGCGUGUCCGCUGCGCGUGAUGUGGAGAUGCUGCUUCAGACACUCUUCGCUACCGAGAAUCUUCCUCAUCUUACACAAAUGUUUUCGCCUUCGCUGGAUCCCAGUCUUUCAAACAUCCUAACUUUAUCCAAGGCUCCCAAAUCGACCAAGCCCAGAGGAGACGACGCCGAGAGCGUUGACGCUCUUAUACAGUCGACACGCUCCAUGCUGGAGGAGCUACGGUCUGAGUGUGAGUUCCUGACAACAAAUGAGGAGGCAAGCGACGGUGCCUUCACUCCCCGCGCGCUGCACGUGGCGCUGUGCGACCUCCGCCAGCUGAUGACCACUUUCUGCCACGUGUACGAGACGGACUUGAGAGAUUGCUGCGCGAGGGAGAUGCCCGGCUUUAGCGCAGACACGCAGGUCUUCCAGAGAGUAUACGAACUCCUGCAAGCUUGCAGCACGGAGCUGGAAAUGCUGAACGAAGUAUCUAACACAUCGGCGACUGUGAAGGAGGAAGUGAGCCAGCUGCAAGCAAACCUUUUCUGUGGCAGCCAAGGAAAGAAGAACACUUUAUCCGAUCAACUGCAUAAACUGACGACACGCUACGAAGAUUUUUUCUCCUGCCUUCCAUCCUCGGUGGAGCCAAAAAUGAAGAAAUGAAUGGAUCAGUCAUUUUUUUUUUUUUUUUCAAAGCACGGCUUCCUUUUAUUUUACA